AUGGCUUUCGGGCAUCAUCUACCAGCCGAAAGAUGGAGCGACUCAAAGACAUUGGAGGUGAUACAGCAGCGCGAUAUUGGACGAUGCUGGAAACCGCGGGGCAUGGGCGAUUUUGCCGUGGGGCGGCGCAUGGCAUCCCCGUCCGGAUCCGAUCCACGCAUGCAGAAUGAUAGCAAUGUUCCGACGAUCGUCCGCGGCCAAGACCUGGUGCGGCUUGCUGGCCCGGGUAAUGUUAAUUUCGAGAAUAUCGAAUGGGUGGGCUACGCAGGAGUACGUGACGCAACAACAACCUCCAUGCCGGCGCGGGAGCCAGGAGAUCCAGCCUUGCCCUCCUGGCGGGAAAUGGUUGAGCUCCGGUAUGGUUUCUCGCCUCAGGUGUGGGGAACAGGUGUGGGUCAGGAGGCUGCAAAAGCAGUCAUGCAAUGGGCAGUCCGUGAGAGGGGGGUGUUACGGUUUAUUGCUGAGACGGAGAGGGAAAACGAGAGGAGUGGAAAGGUUUUGAAGAAGCUUGGGUUUGUUCCAAGUGGGACGGACUAUUGGAAGGAGCCUAGUGAGCUGGAAUGGGAGUGUAUUGUAGACCCUGCCAGGUGA